AUGGCAUACCGAAGGAUCUGCAUUAAAACCUACAGGCAUCGUCUGCACUUAUACCGUGGUUUCCCAGAGGUGAUGGUGCUGUGCUGGGCGGUGAUAGCAUUGGCUCUGCUAGGAGGGAGUCAGGGGCAGAAGGUGAAGAUGUACACUAUGCAGCGAGGACUCUGGACGAUACCUACUGACGAUGUAUAUCUUCGGUACAACUUCACUGAGAAGGCGGAUCCACUCUACUCCUUCUCGGCAUGUUACUGGUUGAGGUAUGAGAGGUUCGCUACCCUGAUGCCUCAUCUGUCCUACGCUGUGAGCGAUGCUGAGCCCAACAUGAUACUUCUGUACCACGAUGGUAUAGAGCUGAGCUCGUUCAUCUACAGCAAGACGCAGCCACACACCUGGACCCGCACCUUCAUGUUAUACCCGGAGAUCUGGUACCACCUGUGUCACACUGUACGAGAUGAUGACGUCGACAUACACUCUGUGUACUGGCAAGGAGAGUUUUUUGCCAGUGGGCCGGUCGAGGGCACCCCAGGACUUCCCCUGAACGGGACGCUGAUCAUCGGACAGGAACAAGACCUCCUCGCCGGCGGCUUCGAUAAAUAUCAGGUUCAUCAUGGCGAAUACGCUCAAUUGAAUAUCUGGGACCGAGCACUGACCCCCUCUGAGAUGGCUGACCUGGCCAACUGUCGCACUCCUGGCCGAGGCAACAUCUUCAACAUGGAUGAGGUCAAUUGGGAAGUCUUCGGAAACGUUAAGGAGACCCUGGUGGACAUAAGCUACUUCUGCAGCACCUGGAAGCUCUGGUUAGGCAUCACAGAUGAACUCCUAGAAGGUGUUUUCUUCAACGUGUACACAAAGAGACCCAUCACUUUCCACCACUUCCUGCCCCCUUACCCUAUUGGUGGACUACUGAACAACUGCGUCAUUCUAAUGUUAGAUGGUUCAUGGGUGGACUUUCGUUGUAAGCUCAAACGCUGUGGUGUUUGCUACUUUGAAAGAAAAGAGUUCUUAUAUCUAAGAGGCUUGUGUUUUGAUGAAAACAGAAGAUCACAUUUUCGAUUGAGCGGCUAUUAUGAUGGGCGACCUGUACUGCGUGGCUUUUAUAGUAUGUUUGUCAUAUGGGAUAAUUCAUUAAAUAACUGGCUUUUACAUGACAUAGAUAAGAAUGUAACUCUCGCCAGGUCCGAACUGACUGACAUCGAUGGGUACCCACUUGGCGUUGAAACUUGGAUUGCAGUAGAACCGCUGUGCGGGGCACCUAGUGGAGGCCAAAUGAAACUAAGCUUUUCGAGUUGCUCCGACGAACAGUUCAUGUGCACGUCUGGCUCCUGCAUCCCUCAGAAAUAUCGCUGCAACCUUCGUUAUGACUGCAAAGAUGGAAGUGACGAGGAUAACUGCGGCAUUGUGGAAGUUGGUCACGGAUACAGACGCCAUCUGCCACCAAGAGGUCCUAACGACACCACCCUCAUUAUUACACCCUCCAUCACUGUCGCUCGCAUCACCAAUGUGGAUGAUAUGAGAAUGACCAUAAGUGCAGAAUUUUUGAUAUCACUGAUGUGGAAGGAUGACAGGUUGACUUUCAAGCACUUGCAUUCAGAUAAAGAAACCACCAUCACGAAGGCAGACUUGGAUCUCAUCUGGAGGCCACAGUACCAAAUUACCCCCCUGGAGGGAGGUCAGGUCAGCUUGCUGGACGAUUUCGCCGAGGUUAUCUCUGCCAACAAUGCUACCAUGCCUAAUUUCAACACCGUUAACAGAGAUGUAGGGUAUCCAGGAGCCAGUAAUGCGAUGAUCUCCAGCGAACGUUACACGGCUAUCCUCACUUGUGACUUUGACCUCUACGUCUACCCUUUCGACAUUCAGGUGUGUAGCAUCAAUAUAGGUUUACCACGCGAAUAUGAAGGCACUGUUGAAUUUCCUGAAGAAGUCAGAGAAGCAUACUUCACCGGAACUGAGGACCUCUCACAGUACAAGGUGAAGAACAUAGCCUUUAGCCCUCAGUCACAACCAAACCGUAUAGUCAUCAACUUCGAGCUCCACCGUCGCCAGGGAGUAGUAUUGCUGUCAACGUUUGUGCCAUCUGUACUGCUGCUGAUGGUGAGCUGGGCGACGCUCUUCGUCAGGAUGGAGUUCCUCAACGUGAGAGCCGUCAUGUCCCUCACCACCCUGCUGGUGCUCUACACGCUCUUCACCAACCUCUCCCUCUCCAUGCCCAACACCGCUGCCAUCAAGCUUAUUGACGUCUGGUUCUUCUUCAUUAUCCUUCUUAUUUUCCUCAAUAUCAUGGUUCACAUAUUCAUUGAGCACAUUGUGUUUGUGUGUCCUAAUAUAAUAUCUCUAGAACCUGAGUAUGGACCUAUGCCUGAUGAAUGA